AUGGUUUCUCUUGUAUGCGCUGGACUAGGUAUUCAAAACCUCCAGACAGAGAUCACCGAUGAAAUGAUUGAUUAUUAUACUAACCGUCCUAUUCAUUGCAAUUGCACUCAACGAUAUAGCGAUCUCACCUAUGGAUUUUCAUACAUUCCAUGUAUUUCUGGGGUCUGCACGAUGCCUCCAAAUGGGUGUAAGAGAAAUUUUAGAGCUUUUCUGGCCCUGGUUUUACCUUACGAUACAAUUUUUAGCCUGUGAAACACUUCAAAUUUAUGGAACUGGUUAUGGCGCUCGUUGUUCUCAUCAGAAAAUCGACGGGGAUUCCUGUGAAAUUGUAAUUACAACCAUCGGAGUGGCAAAUAAAUGCUCCUGCGACGACGAGGAUUACUGUAAUUCAAAGUUUGCGACGACCAAGCCUAAUGUCACCGAAGCCGAUUACGUGGAAGAUAGUGAAACUGUAGCCCCUCCAAUUUCCGAUGAAGAUCUUGCUUCUUCAUUUUUCAGCGACGGAGACGGCGAGGCCGGAGAAAAAGAUAUGUUUCAUGAAGAUGUCAUCAAAAUGUAUAUGGAUAAGGAAAAAGUGUGGAAGGAAAUUCAGGAUGAAAAGGAUGGUGUUGCAAAAUGGGAUGCAGUGGUAACGAUAGUAACGGGUCUUGUGGGUGUGAUGAUUGUAGCGUGUUUAGUUGGUCUAGUUGGCUAUACUUGCUACCGGAGUUGUGGAGAGAAAAAGAGAAGGGAACGUGGAAAUGAUCAAAGGGAAGCAGUCAGGAUGGAGGAGAUGAGAUUAAAAGAAUGCAAGGAGAGAAAUCGACGGCCAAAUAAAGAUGCCCAAAUAAAUUCUACGGCCUCUGAAAUACAUGGAUCUGCUUCAAACACAACCUCCGACGAGAUCCAUACUGCCCUAAUAAACAACGACAAGAAUAAAACUUGUACAAAGAAGGAAAGGGUCACCAUAACUAUUGAACCGAGCCCAUCAAUAGAAAAAAAUCAAUCGGUUGCAGUCCCUUCAGACCCUUCCCACCUUCCCAGCUCGUUACAACCUCCCUCGUCCCCUUCCAGCAUCACCAAAAAUUGUUCUCAACGACAAUUCGGCAUUCCCUGGGUUCCUCAAAAACCCUCCAAGCCUGAUAAGAAAGUGUGUUACAAUACUUCCUCAAAAGACGCUAAAAUUGAAGGAUGA